AUGGAGGGAAGCUCACUCCUGCUCACCUCUUCUUCUCCUUCUUCCCGUCCUUACAUUUCUUCAACAAAACUACCAUUACGAUUCUUCCUAUACUGCUCUUCGCCGCCGCCUCCACCACCACCCCGGCUGUCCCUUCCACGCGCCACCACUUCUGCCACUCUCCUCCUUAACCACCAACAUCACCCUAAUGCCACCCCUUCCUCCCCGUCCUCAUCUAAAGAAUUCCUUCUCCCCAAGAUUGACAAGAGUGGAAGGUUCUGCAGUCCCAGAGCCGCUCGAGAACUCGCUCUGUCAAUUCUGUAUGCUGCCUGCUUAGAAGGCUCGGACCCAGUUCGUCUAUUUGAAAAAAGACUUAAUGCCAGAUGGGAAACUGGGUAUGAAUUUGACAAAGAGUCUCUGGUUCAAUAUAAUCCCAUGAGCUUUGGAGGACCACCGGUGACUGCAAGCACUGCAGCAGAAGCUGAUCAACUACUGCUUCUUGAUCAAAAGGAAUCUGAAAUUGAAGCAGAAGUUCUUGCAGCACCUCCAAAGUUGGUGUAUAGUAAACUAGUUCUCCGUUUCAGUCGGAAACUCUUGGUGGCAGUUGUAGACAAGUGGAAUGAUCAUAUCCGCGUAAUUGAUAAAGUUGCACCUCCUAAUUGGAAGAAUGACCCUGCAGGAAGAAUCUUGGAGCUCUCUAUCCUUCACUUAUCUAUGUCUGAAAUUGCAGUUUUAGGAACAAGACAUCAGAUUGUGAUUAAUGAGGCUGUUGAUUUAGCAAAACGCUUCUGUGAUGGGGCAGCACCCCGAAUCAUCAAUGGUUGCCUCAGAAGUUUUAUCAAACAGUUCAAUUCAUCCGUUGAAGCAGCACCGGAAGAAAGUGAAAGUAGUUGUAGUUGA